CGGGCGCCUAGUACGUCACUCUCAGUCGGUCUGGCAGGUCCGCGAGACAGUGCCAGCCACCCAGGGUCGCAGCUACCGCAGUCUUCGUGAUAGCGCAGGUUUGCGUUUCGUAGUGCGUGAGCAGUCUACUGUCUACGAAACACUUCUUUGGACGAAUCACAGUUUGUGAGGUUACCAGUGUGUUUGAUCUGCAGCGCCACAUCGGUCGAGCGGAUCGCAUCCUCGCCAAAGGGAGGACUAGACGCUGUUUAUUUCGGCGAACGUCUACCGUCGUCGUCCAAGCUGCGGUGUGGAGAGUGAGGACGUGGAAGUCAGAGUACACUGUUUCAGCAAGGCGCUGUAAUCGCAAACUCGCUUGUCGGAAGUGCCGCUAGGCGGCAGCACCGCAGCUAGUGACGCGGCUCGUCGCUCAGUGAUCAGCUGUGUUUGGCGGCAGAGAGUCGAGUGAGAGGUGUCGGUGUAGGUAGGUGCUCACAGAAGAGUUGACAGAUUCAGCUUUUUAUUGUGAAGAUAUACUUGCAUCCUCUUUGAUACAAGAAUCCCGUUGACACAACGCACGGGAAUUUAAAGACUGCCAGUGUGAAACAAAGACCUGAGCAUAUGCUCUAUUAUCGGGAACAAAAACUUCUGGGGAAGAGACAGUCUUCUGAAACGGUUCUAGAAAUGAGAGCAUAAAAAGCUGCAAGAAGCAUUCUGAAGUAGGACGACAAGAAAACGUUGUGAUGUACAGCAUGCAUGCAAUUGGAAAAUUCAUAAGCAACUUCAGGGACUUCUACAAUGAAAUCAACGCAGCAACGCUAACAGGUGCAAUUGACGUGGUCGUUGUUGAACAACCCGAUGGCAAUUUUACGUGUUCACCAUUUCAUGUUCGCUUCGGAAAACUGGGGGUUUUGCGUAGCAGGGAAAAAGUGGUGGACAUUGAAAUAAAUGGAGAGCCGCAAGAUAUUCAUAUGAAAUUGGGAGAGAGCGGUGAGGCGUUUUUUGUUGAAGAAGUUCCAAGUGGUAAUGGAUCGGAUGAAUACAUACCACCACAUUUAGCCUGCUCUCCGAUACCUCAAGAUUUUUUCCCACCACAUUUUGCAAGUCGGGAGCUUCACGAUGAAGAGACAGCAGCAGAAGCCGAUACCGACGUCCAUCACAGCAGUGACAGUAUACAUGAUGAAACUACGUUUGUAAUGGAUGAUGUAUCUAGUCACCCAGAUGAUGAUCAAAAAGACAACACAAGGUCUUUCGAAAGUGCCACGGGCAAAGAAGUUACUGAGUCUCAGUUACCUGAUAGUGCUUCACUAAUUCAGCCAAAGACUUUUUGUGCAGAAACUCUGAAUGAAAGUAGUGAUUCAGCCGAAAAGGUCCGUAAAAUUAGCAUUGUUCAAGGAGAGUUUAGGCCGAUUUCGGUGGAUGGAGAUUUUGAGCUAGAUGAAAGUAGAGACACUGGCGCUCAGCAUGACAGUGUUGCUGUUGCCUCUCAGAGCUUAUCAGGAAGGAAGGAUUCGCAUAAAGAGAAUUCCGCACCAUCCGAAGACAGUUUGAAACCUGUAAAUUCAAACAAUAGGAGGAAGAAGCGUAGGAAGUCAUUGAAGAAAAAGGCCGGUCAGAAGAAGACUAAUGGAGGAGGUGGCUCAAGCAGUCAAACAGAUCAUUCCGAACUGUCAGAGGGCCGGGACGCGAAGGACCAAGACGAUGUUGCAGAACAGUCGUGCCACGAUGAACAGGCUGAACCACCUGUCACAUGCAGCCACCUUGGAGGUGUUAUUGUGGACAGUGAUGUGACAACAGUGUACUGUUCAGAGUGUGACACAUGUCGUAAAAGCCAGUUAAAGCCAACAAUUACGGUCAGCAGUCCAGAUCCGCAUACUUCUGUGAGUGAUGCACAGCCUGAUAGUGUACUUGUUGCAGCGGCCAGUAACUUGGCUGAGCUUUCAAGGAUACAGCAUGCUUCCACAGAGACUGACUUUCAUUUCUUCAGUGACACUGAAUUGACUCCAGGAUGCAGAAGAGAAAUUCCGAGCUGCCGAAUUACGUCUGCUCUUUCAGAAACAGCCUUCGAAGUUUUAACAUCAGUCCUGAGCCAUUUCCCACAGGACUCACGUCCCAGCUCCCCAGUGCAGUCAGAUACAGAGUACGAGGUCAACAGACAGUCAAAGGGUGUUAGUACGGAAGGAUGCCUCAGCCAAGAUGAACAUGGAGUAAUGCAGCAGUCAUGGCGAUGGGGAGAACUGCCUUCCCCACCAGCCAGAUCUCUGUCCACACAGAGCCCACGUGUGAUGACUAAGGAGAAGCCCGACCUGGAGCCGGUAUCUUCUAGUGAUGAGGAUGUCCAGAAACAGCAACAAGCAGCAGAGGCAGCGCAGAGGUCCAUGCUGAGUGGCAUGUUCAGUUUUAUGAAGAAGACAAAAAGGAUUCGCCACAACCCAGAGUCUGAAGGAAUCUACUUGUCUGAUCUCAAUAUGGAUGAACUGGACCCUGAGGUGGCUGCCCUGUAUUUUCCCACGUCUUACAGGCAGGGCCCCUCUACUGCUGCUCCUCAACAUCUUCAAGAAGAACCACAGGAGAGGCAGAGAGAAGAUGAUGCAGAGUCAGGAAAUGGAACGUCUCUACCUCAGUCUCCAAACAGUGUUGAAGGAGCAGUUUGUGGUCCAAAGUCUUUGGAUAGUGAUUUUGAUGAAUUGAAACACUCAGUUUUUGAAAAAAAAUCAUAUGGAGAAAUAUCCUUGUCACUUUGUGGUGGCUUAUCAGAUGGAAGAAAAGGACCAUCAGAGGAUGCGUUUCUACAGAAUAUUAUUGCGUAUGAUGAUAUCGUUAGAGAUCCAAAGAUUAUUGAGAGCCCAAAUUUAGUUGUGAGAUUCAAUGGCAAGUUCUACAACUGGAAGACAGCUUGCCCAAUAGUGAUGUCACUUGUAGUUUAUCAAAAACCCCUGCCUCAGGAAGUAAUUGAUACACUGUGUGCCGAGUACAUGACAAGUAAGAAAGAUUCAAAGCAGUCAACAUACUCUUCGUGGUUUUAUUGGAGACGAGCAAGCCAGUCACAGAAACGUGAUGAAGCUCCUUCCCAAGAACAGGAGCUAUCAUCUCCUGAGGCAGAGAGGUUGUCUGAUGUAAAGGAGGAUGCUUCAGUUACCAGUGGAGAAAUGCCAGAACAACUGAAAGAUACCUCCAGAUUGAAACAGAAAAGCUUGAGUGAAGAGGAGGAUAUGGCAAAAGAAACAGAAAAGCAAGAGCUACCAAAAUCAGAGACAAAAGAUAUUAAAACUGAUGAAAUAGAAUGUUUGCAAGAAGCAACCUUCCAAGAGUUGGAAACAAUGACAGCUGCUCAGAAAGAAUCAAAAGAAGAAGGGUACAGUGGUUCGAACUCUUCAGAUGAGUCAGAUGGUGGCCAAACAAAACAGCAAAUCGUGAAGAAACCUCUUGAGAAGAGAUCCUAUUAUGAUCAUCCAGAAAAGUACAGGAAAACUUUGCGUCUUUCUUCUGAUCAGAUUGCUAAGCUAAAUCUCCAGGAAGGUGCUAAUGAGGUUGUCUUCAGUGUUACCACAGCAUACCAAGGAACAACUAGGUGCAAAUGCCACAUAUACCGUUGGCGUUAUGAUGAUAAGAUUGUUAUCUCUGACAUUGAUGGGACAAUUACCAAGUCUGAUGUUCUUGGGCAUAUCUUACCCAUUGUUGGGAAGGACUGGGCACAGAGUGGAGUAGCACAACUUUUCACAAAAAUAAAAAAUAAUGGCUAUAAGCUGUUAUAUCUCUCAGCACGGGCCAUUGGUCAGGCACGUGUAACAAGAGAAUACCUUAAAUCUAUAAAACAAGGGAAUCUCUCGCUGCCUGAGGGCCCACUGUUGCUCAACCCCACCAGUUUGAUCAGUGCAUUCCACAGAGAGGUAAUAGAAAAGAAGCCUGAGGAAUUCAAGAUCUCAUGCCUCCGUGAUAUUCAAGCAUUGUUUCCAGAAAACAGCAAGCCAUUCUAUGCUGGAUAUGGCAAUAGAAUUAAUGAUGUAUGGGCAUAUCGUGCUGUGGGCAUUCCAAUUUUCAGAAUAUUCACCAUUAAUCACAGGGGGGAACUGAAACAUGAAUUGACGCAGACAUUCCAAUCUUCGUAUUCUAACAUGAGCUACAUUGUGGAUCAGAUGUUUCCACCUCCUCCAGAAGAUACAGCUGAAGAUUUCUCCAAUUUUGUUUAUUGGCGAGAUCCAAUUGCUGAGAUAGAACUGGAUCCAUCACUUGUGUCAGGCCAUUCUGCAAUAUCAGCUAAUGAGGCAGGACACAAGAAAGCAGCUGGCACAGCUUAGUUAUUAUUUAUUCAUAUAAAUACCCUCGUUUAGAUUCUCUGCCACAUUGUUCACUUGUUACACAAGUCCUGAAUUAAAAAAAAAAAAAUGCUUUAAAAGAGUGGUAAAUGUGUUUGUAGCUAGCAGAUGAACCAUUUUAUGAAAUUAAAUACCAGGCUUUGUUUUGUGUGUGUGUGUGUGUGUGUGUGUGUGUGUGUGUGUGUGUGUGUUUGAUCAGAGAAAUCAGCUUGCAUUGAGUAAUUUUUAAGUGCCAACAAUUUUUUGACAGUAUUUCGGCACUGUUAGGUGCAAAACUAAACUGGAUUGUAAUAUUCUGUCCUUUGUACUUGAUUUUAGGUGCUAAAAUAUACAUUGUGAUCAAUUCUCCAGAACAAUAGGAGUUCCUGUUUGCAAAUUUACUAAAAAGCCAUUAGUUUUUUUUU